AUGGAUAUUAUAACAGGUCCUGAGUCAUUAGUACGGCGCUUCCUUACAGGUAACGGCGGGAAUAUUAAGAUGUUGGACGGUAUAAAAAUCGAAGACCAUCCAAUGCGGUCGGGACAAGCUACACUUGGAGUUAUGCUGGGGUCGGAGUGCCAUCACCAGGCGGUGUGUGAGGGGUGCCAGCGGCCCAUAUCCGACCGCUUUCUGAUGCGCGUCAACGAGUCUUCAUGGCACGAGGAAUGUUUGCAAUGUGCCGUUUGUAAACAACCGCUUACCACCAGCUGCUUCUUCCGGGAGAGGAAACUUUACUGCAAACAUGACUACCAACAGUUAUUUGCCACCAAAUGCAGUGGGUGUCUGGAGAAGAUUGCCCCGACGGAGUUUGUGAUGCGGGCGCUUGAGUGUGUGUAUCACCUAAACUGCUUCUGCUGCUGUGUGUGUGACCGGCAGCUGCGGAAAGGAGACGAGUUUGUACUGAAGGACGGUCAGCUGCUGUGCAAGAGUGACUAUGAGAGGGAGAAAGACCUGCUCAGCUCUGUCAGUCCAGAUGACUCAGAUUCAGAGAAGAGCGAAGAUGAGGAGCUCGAUAUCAAGCCGGAGAAGGGUUCCAGAGGUACAGGGAAGGGAGACGAUGGGAAAGACCCGAGAAGACCUAAGCGACCACGCACCAUCCUCACCACACAGCAGAGACGGGCCUUCAAGGCAUCAUUCGAGGUGUCCUCCAAGCCCUGCCGGAAGGUAAGAGAGACAUUGGCUGCAGAGACAGGCCUGAGUGUCCGUGUGGUCCAAGUGUGGUUCCAGAACCAAAGAGCUAAGAUGAAGAAGUUGGCGCGGAGACAGCAGCAGCAACAGGAGCAGCAGAAUUCCCAAAGGCUAGGCCAAGAGGUGAUGUCCAAUAGGAUGGAAGGUAUGAUGAACUCCUACACACCACUGGCUCCAGCCCAGCAGCAGAUGGUUGCCAUGGAGAAUGGUUACAGCACCGAUCCCUUCCAGCAGGGCCUCACCCCUCCUCAAAUGCCCGGUGACCACAUGAACCCAUAUGGAAAUGAUUCAAUAUUCCACGAUAUUGACAGCGACACCUCUUUGACCAGCCUUAGUGACUGCUUCAUGACCUCAUCCGAGGCGGGUUCAAUGCAAGCAAGAGUAGGGAACCCCAUUGACCGACUCUAUUCCAUGCAGAGCUCCUACUUUGCUUCAUGAAAACCUAAACAGAAAAGGAAUAGCAAAAGUGGGUCAAUCACUGCAGCUCACUGUCUCCCCAACAGACUCCGCCUAUCAAGGAAAUAUAACGGAAUCCUCAGCAAAGUUCUAAGACAAGACAUCUUAGAUAGACAAACAGGCAAAACCAGAAAAGACAGUGAAUUUGAAGACUAACAGUCCUUGUUUCUCUGCGGUGAAGCUCCAGCUCAGAUGCAAGAGAUGCCUGAGGCUGACAGAUUUUUUCUAAUACUUGUAUAUUGUUUGUACAUGACUGUCUCAGAAGUAGCAUUUCACCGUAUUCUCAUCGACUUGUGGAAAACAAAGAGUAUUGAUGUACAGUUUGAAGUCACAGAAGCAUCCAACCUCGCUCUGCUCAACCUCUUGCCGAGAGAGGCAGAUAGCAUGAAUCCAUAUUUAUGUGAUCGUUACAUUAAAAAAGAAAAGAAAAAAUAAUAGAUAAAAAACUUGUGUUGAUGUUGAAAUGUAAUGUUUGGAAUCAUAAUUUCAUAACUCUUUUCAUGAUGUUCAGCAUUGCAUUUUUAUCACUUUAAUAGGUUAGCCCUCCGAAAGACUAUGUAGAAAAGCUUAGCGGGUGAGUAAUGUAUAGUGUAUCUGCAUUUGUAAGGAUGUUUGUUUGUGUGUGUGGGGGUGUGUAGUCCAUUAUUCUUUACCUGUGUGGUUGUGUGUGUGUGUGUGUGUGUGUGUGUGUGUGUGUGUGUGUGUGUAGUAUGUAUGUGUGUAUGUCUGUGCACACGUACAGUAUAUUUGGAAGAUGGUAAGGGACUGUCACUGAAAGCUCGAACUAUGUGUAUAUAUACUUUUUCAAAAGGAAUCAGUUGUGCAUGUUAAAAAUGGAGAUCAUUCUAUUUAUUUAACUAAAACAUGCUUUUGAAGGUACUUUCAGAAACUGAAAAGCUUUAUUUAAAAAGGAUCAAAUCAAGUAGCUGACACAUUAAUUUCACAGCACACUUGUAUGUCUUUUAAUUAUGAAAUACAAUGUAACCUUAUUCCAGCAAUGUACAUCAGCGAAAAUGUGCUAUUUAUUUGUUAAAGCCCUGACAUUGUCGAAAAUGCAUUUCCAAAU